CGUUCUUUUCCUUCUUCUCAUUCUUCUUGGAAAGAAGAGAGAGGAGAGAGAGCAGGAAAAGGAGGGUUUUUAAACGCGGCGCAGCAUUCCUUGCUUCUUCGCAACCCAUCCUUUUCCCUGCCGACACUCCAUGCCUGCAAUCUUCACAUAAACCCCAUUCAUAAGCACUUUUCCAUCACACCUAUAAAGCUACACAACACAAAUCUCUCUCUCUUAUGAAUGUCUUAACUGCUCUCAUUUCCCUCUGUCAUAAUGCAUUGAAGGUGCUCUUAUUCUGAGUGUUUUGCUGAGUUUCAUGGCAUUGUGAGAAGAAAUGCUUCGCAUUUUUGGUAGGAAUAGAAGAUUCCCCUGAUCCCGGGCGGAAAGAGAUAAAAAAAUGAUGGGAGAUGAGCUGGUUUGCAAUCAAUACUUUGGCCUCUUUGUGACAUUUGCUUUGCUGUUUUUGCCGGUUCAUCCCACCACCGAUCAGUCUGAUGUUGGCGCUCUUGAGAUUUUGUACAAUGCACUGAAUGAUCCUGUUCAGCUAACGGGAUGGAAAUCAAAUGGUGGCGAUCCAUGUGGAGAAUCAUGGAAGGGGAUCUCCUGCUCUGGAACAGCGGUUACUUCCAUCCAGAUUCCUGGAUUGGGAUUAAGUGGAACGUUGGGUUAUGGACUCUCAGGGCUUUUAUCAUUGAUAACACUUGAUGUAAGCGGCAACAACCUGCAUGACAUCAUCCCUUAUCAGUUACCACCAAAUACUACAUUCUUGAAUCUUGCCAACAACAACUUCAGUGGGAAUCUUCCAUACUCAAUUUCUGGCAUGACUUCCCUCAAUUACCUGAAUGCUAGCCACAACUCACUCUCUCAGUCUAUUGGCGACCUUUUCACAAAUCUUCAAGAUCUCUCUGCAUUAGAUUUAUCAUUCAACAAUUUGACUGGAGAUCUGCCCAACUCUUUUGGAUCCUUGUCAAACCUUUCUACUCUUUACCUGCAAGACAAUCAGUUGACAGGUCCAGUGAACCUUCUAUCCAGUGUACCUUUAAGUGAUUUAAACAUCGAAAAGAAUCGCUUUAGUGGCUGGAUACCAGAGAAGUUCAAAACAAUUCCCAACCUCUCGAUCAGUGGAAAUUCUUUUGACACAGGCCCUGCUCCGCCUCCUCCACCAUACACUUCCCCACCUCCUAAUAGAGCACAUAAUGGUCACAAUACUAGUGGAACUCCCACAACCAAGCCUAGGCCUGAGGAUCAAGGCCCCGGCCUUGGGGCUAAAAAUAAAGAGGAAAAGUUAGCUGCUGGAGCAAUAGUUGGGAUGGUUAUGGGAUCUCUUUUGAUGGUUGUUGCUGCAAUAUUUGCUAUUGUUUUCUGCCUUCGGAAGUUUCCAAGGAGCAAGAAAGAAAACAAUGGUUCUGGCUCUACGAAAUCAAUUUCAGUUGUUGCAAGCAAAGCAGCAAGUGUAGAGAGCCAAGAACAGAAGUCCAAAGCUGCACCCAUAACUGAUCUGAAGCCUCCGCCAGUGGAAUGGCAAAAAAUUGCGAGUGAUAGAACAUCUGGAAAACCUGGUGCUGGAAAGAGAACAAAAGCCCCUAUAACUGCUACUUCAUAUGCAGUUGCAGAACUUCAAACAGCCACAAAUAGUUUUAGCCAGGAAUGUCUUGUGGGGGAGGGCUCCCUUGGACGUGUAUAUAGGGCAGAUUUUUCCAAUGGCAAGAUUUUGGCUGUCAAGAAGAUCGAUAGCUCGGCCCUAUCUCUUCAGGAGGAAGAUAAUUUCCUUGAAGCAGUUUCAAAUAUGUCACGCCUACGGCAUCCAAACAUCACCACACUUCUAGGUUAUUGUGCAGAGCAUGGCCAGCACCUCUUGGUUUACGAGUAUUUUGGAAAUGGAACUCUUCAUGAUAUGCUCCACUUUACCGAUGAUAACAGCAAGGCGUUGACAUGGAAUGCACGUGUACGGAUUGCUCUUGGCACUGCUAGGGCUCUCGAGUAUUUGCAUGAAGUGUGCUUGCCUUCUGUUGUACAUAGAAACUUCAAGUCAGCGAAUAUUUUACUUGAUGAAGAGCUUAACCCCCAUCUGUCAGACUGUGGACUGGCUGCAUUGACACCUAACACGGAGCGACAGGUAUCAACUCAGAUGCUGGGAUCAUUUGGGUAUAGUGCUCCUGAAUUUGCUAUGUCAGGAAUUUACACUGUCAAGAGUGAUGUUUACAGCUUUGGGGUAGUCAUGUUGGAGCUCUUGACGGGCCGGAAGCCACUAGACAGUUCAAGACAAAGAUCAGAGCAGUCUCUUGUGAGAUGGGCUACCCCUCAGCUGCAUGAUAUUGAUGCCUUGGCAAAAAUGGUUGAUCCUGCGCUCAAGGGCAUAUAUCCUGCCAAGUCUCUUUCACGUUUUGCUGAUAUCAUUGCUUUGUGUGUUCAGCCUGAGCCAGAGUUUCGACCACCAAUGUCUGAAGUUGUUCAAGCUUUGGUCCGCUUGAUGCAAAGGGCGAGUAUGAAUAAGAGACGAUCGAGUGAUGAAUCCGGAAUUGCUUUCAAGAUGCCUGACUAUGAGCAACUGGAGAUGUCAUUUUGAGUGAAUAACCUCUCCCCUCUCUCUCUCUCUCUCUCUCACUCACUCACGCACCCAUGCCCGCCCCAUCUCCCCUUUGCCAUUUUGUUGUAUAAAGGUGAAGGAAGACAAAGGGAGAAAGAGUUCCACAUCUUACAAGUACAGAGCCCUGCGAAGUCCAGAGCAAUACUCCUUUUUUCCAUGCUACGUGAUAUCUACUUUUUCCAUGUAUCAAUUACUAGGAAACUGAAUCAAGUUGGUCUUGACUUCUUGGUUGUUGUAUCUAUUCAAAACUGAUGGAAAAUUCUUUACACACUUUAUCCUGAAAUGUAAUUUACAGGUCAGGAAUAUCAUAAUGAAUAAUAUAGGCAGGAUAGGGUAUGCUUGUUAUUUAAGGAUGGUGACUCUCGAUUUCCAA